CGUCGCCUUGCGGCCGCAACCUCUCCUAUAAAGCCCACCACCACCACCACCACUCCCUCACCCACAUCCCCACCCCCACCCACGCUCUCGCCCUCUCCACCUCCUUGUCCACUUGCUCCCUGCACCUUCUUUCCGCUAACCGGACUUAGAAAAAGCAUGAAUCGACCUUAAGCUCGACAAAGAGAGACCUCGCUGUCGUUGGUGUUGCUGCUGGGUGCAGUAGUUUCUUUCCUCUGUUUCCUGGUUCGAGUUGCAGAUGGACAGGAAGCCGAGUGCUGUUGCGAGGCAUGGAGUGCUGAGGCUCCCACCUGGGUUCAGGUUCCACCCCACCGACGAGGAGCUGGUGGUUCAGUACCUUAAGAGGAAGGCCUUCUCCUGCCCAUUGCCUGCCGCCAUCAUCCCUGAGAUCAAUCUCGCAAGACUCGAUCCGUGGGACUUACCAGGUGGGUGCGAGGAGGAGAGGUACUUCUUCAAUCUGAGGGAGGCGAAGUACCCCAGGGGUAGCCGGUCGAACCGGGCGGCGAGGUCCGGGUACUGGAAGGCCACAGGGAAGGACAAGCAAAUCACGUCUUCCUGGUGCAGCCAGGUGGUCGUCGGGAUGAGGAAGGUUUUGGUCUUCUACCGGGGAAAGCCCCCGACGGGGACCAAGACCGACUGGAUCAUGCAUGAGUACCGGCUCGCCGGACCUGAGACUAGACCCUGCAUCUUCCCCCAAAGAAAGAACUCGACUCAUAGUUCGGUAGAUCCGAGCGGCGACUGGGUGCUCUGUCGCAUUUUUAGGAAGAAGAGGGCUACCAAGAUGGAGGUCGGAACCGAUGAAGCUGGUGAAGAAGACGAAGACCCCAUCACACGUGAUGGCUUCAUUGAUUUCAUGGGGCAGAGAGGUGGCGAUCAAAGUCAUUCCACAUCAUGUUCAUCCGGCUCGAGCUGCGUCACAGAUCACUCCGAUGGAUCCAGCAGUACCGGAGAGGAGACCAGCUCUAGCAGAUCACUUCCAUAGGGACGAGAGGACUAUCAAAAUUCUCUGUAUCAGUGUACAAAACCUCGAGUCUCCUCUUUUUUUUUCUUCGGAAGCCAAAGUCUAAAUAAUCUUUGAGCUAUUGACUCUAGGAUCUCUAGUCUUCUCAUCCACUUGUAAGUGAGCUUUACGGAGCAGAUGAACUGAUGGUUAAUGUGGAAGAAGUGUUCAGUGUUGAUGCA